GGGAAACAGUGUCACAGCAACAUUUAGAUUCCAGACAGCAGGUCAGCCCGAGAAGCGCAGACUUGUGACUCAUUGUGAAAAAGGAGUUCUUUAUUCCGUACUGCAGAAUCAAAAGGUCAAACCUACUGUUUCAAACCUUUUAGAACGGUCACGACUGAGUUGACAAACUUGACAAUGGCACACAACAAAUUCUUUAUCGUUGUCCUAUUUUUUCUGUGCAACCUGGCUGUGGCGCUCACAGAGAGCAAUGUGUCCUGCUACAGGGUCGAACCGGGGACAAUAGCAGGCAUCAUCUGUGCAGAUAUGCUGCUGACCCUUAUCAUUGUCAUUGUUACCUACCGAUGUGCCAGUUUAAGGCGUCAGAAGAUAGAAAAUGCUAACAAAGUGUAUAUGAAUGUACGGGCCAACUGCAAAAGCUAAUCUAAAGAUGGUGCAGUACAUUAUGAAAUUAUGUUCAUUUUUUAAGAUCCUGUUUUGUAAAAAAACGCCAUUACAAAAUUGUAUAACAUUUUUUUUUUACAUUAAACCUUUGUUCCAAUAAACACAAGUAGAAUGUCUUGCACAUGUUACAUUUCUGCUUAGCCUUACAAGGUGUGCUUGUGGUCUCCAUCUAUCCGCUUGGAGUUAUUUUGCAAAACCUAAUAAACAAAAGGUGUGUCAGACUGUUUAAACUAAAUCAUGUUCACCAACCUCGUAAAUAAAAUAUCUCUGAAUGCUUUCAAGGUUCAUGUAAUGUUGGCACUGUAACACCACCAUACAGCACCCUCUGCAGUUGACUUUCGGUAGCACAAUGCUGUAUUUCAAUAGGCCCUAAAGAUUUUAUGUGGAAAUAUUUUCAUUAUGAAAGGCUGCAUUGAUAUGAGUGAUUUCCAAAAAUAGAAGACGGACCCAGUCAUUUUACAUGGAUGUUUUACAGUGUAGCAUCUGACAAACCUCUGAGUUGAUUAUGUAUUAAAAUAAAUGUUGAUUAA